AGAGAAAAAGAGAGAUAGAGAUAGCAAGAGAAAGGAGAGAGAGAGAGAGAGAGAGAGAGAGAGAGAGAGAGAGAGAGAACAAACACUACAGGCUUUACAUGCACAUAUUCACACAGAACACCCUGAAAUCCCAAUGCCCGAGAGAGGCAGAAGAAGCUACUGAGAAAGCAAGGUCAGUACAGAGCAGACAAGCAAAGGUACGUCACCUUAGCACAAGAAACUACACGGUACUAGGAGGCUAGGACAAAUUUCAUCCAGGUGGAGCAGAAGUAAAGACCUUCCUCGUUCUGGGAUUAAGGAAAUGGAAACAGUGCAUCAGGAAGUCCUGGCUUGAUUCAGUGGACACUUUCAGUUUGAUGCAAUAUUCCUUGUGCUAGCUUUGGCAGUGCAAACACUUCACAGACUGACAGCAUGGAGAAACUCUCAGGCAAAGACAAGGAGCUGAUCCGGGACAGCUGGGAGAACCUCGGCAAGAACAAGGUCCCACAUGGCAUUGUCAUGUUUACAAGGCUUUUUGAGCUGGACCCAACUCUGCUGUCCCUGUUCAACUACAAAACCAAGUGUGGAGUCGUGCCAGAGUGCCUCUCCAGCCCAGAGUUCCUGGAGCAUGUCACCAAGGUGAUGUUGGUGAUUGACGCAGCUGUCAGCCAUCUUGAUGACCUGCAUACUUUGGAAGACUUUUUGUUGAACCUGGGCAAGAAGCACCAAGCUGUUGGCGUCAAAACCCAGUCCUUUGCUGUGGUUGGAGAGGCCCUGCUCUACAUGCUGCAGUGCAGUCUGGGGGCAGGCUACACAGCUGCACUGCGUCAGGCCUGGCUCAACAUGUACAGUAUCGUGGUGUCUGCCAUGACCAGAGGCUGGGCCAAAAAUGGAGAACACAAGUCCAAUUGAGCAGCAGCAGAAGAUAAAGUAAGAAUUACACUGAAGCUAGGUCAAUCAGUGGCAGACAUGCGGCUGCUUUGUAGUGUAGCUUGGGCAGAGAAGCCAGGCGUUACCAGAUGCGCUUAAGCAAGUUUAGGUGCUGACUGCCUAAAUAUCACUAGUGUAUGCCAUCUGAUCUUUUUCUAGCAAGUGGUUAGAGACGAUGAAAGCUUUGGGGGCAAUAAUUUGUAGGUUUGAUCUUUUGAAGCUGAGUCAACAUGGGGGGGGGGUUGUUUAAGGGUGAUGCCUCACGACUGGAACUUGCCUUGUAUAUAAUGGCUCGAUGUGUCUCCUCAAACUUUCUGUAAUGGCUGUUGUGCUGUUUGUGAUGUUUUUUACAUGAGUCUCAUGAAACGUAGAUUUGACUAUGCACCAGUCAGCCUGUACAACACAGAGCUGAAAGGCAUGUCUAGACCGCUCUCAAAGCUCCUUUGGAAAACCACAUGCUACAAAGCUCCCAUAACGUUCUAACUCAUAAUCUAAUAAACUGUGUAAUGUAAGUUCUAUUCUAGCGCAGUAAAUUAGCCAAAUUCAAAUGGUAGUAUAUUGUUUAAUCUACGUGAGGUGCACAGAUCCUUUUCCAGGUAUGAAAGUUUAACUUUUUCUAGUAUGACAAGUAAGCAGUCAGUGAAGGUGAUGAAGAAUGGCUUGAAAAAAGACAGUCCAUCAGUAUGAAUAUUACUGCAAUGAAUGAAUGAUUAUGACUGUUACAGAAGCUUUCCCACAAGAUUACAAAGACUGUUAGUUAUUCUGUGCCACGUUACUACCUUACAUGUUCAUAUUUCAUACAGUUAUUUUUUAUACACUCACAGAAGACUUGGCCAGACUGUUACUUACCAUGAAGAGACUGUUAUAUCAUGUACAGAUGAUCCAGCAGCAGUGACAGAUCUCCUCACUGGUUCAGAAUAGGGGGUGGUACAUUAAUCACCGGUGCAAUUGAAAUCUGGCAUAAUAAAGAUUAAGUCUGAAUUUAUUUAUUUUAACCAACACUGCUUCUGAAUGCCAUUUUUUGUAUAAUUUUUGUUUUAUAUGGCUUGCACACUGUAACAAAGGGAUUGGAAUCAUGUUUGUUUGCAUAAAUAUGAGCCGUAAGAAGUUAAAAGCGAUGAUUUCCUUUUUGCUGCUACAAAUAGAGUAUCAAAGUAUCUUAAUAGCACUAUGAUAACGCUGUUCAAUUUCUUUGGGAAAUAUUGCUACAUUUAAACUGAUGAUGCCAAGUAUUUUAACAUGUGCCAACCGACAAUGACAUUGUCUUAAGAAUAUAGUGGAGAGUGGGGCACAACCUAACACACUUUGUUGCUAUUCACUAGAAAAGCUACAUAUACAUCUCUGCUACAAACGACAAUGUAAACUUUGCUUUCAACACCUAUUCAGCCAGUUGAGCCUGAAGUGGCAGGAGUGCAAAUAUUACCACUUACCCUAUAGGUGGGGCUGAUUUUAAAAGGGGGAAAGGCUAAUCAUAAUGGUUGCUAAAAAGUCUGGUAAGUUGAUUCAAAAACAAUUAAUUCAAUACAAUGUUGUUUGAACCAGACUAGCUUUCCAAGUUAAAUACAUAAAAAUAUUUAUAAAAAUUAAGAUGUUUAGUGAAAAGAGAGUCAAACACUAGCAAACUUAUUUUUGACCACAAAAUGGAACUGAGAAUGGUAUCAGAAUGGUAAAAUUUAAAUAAAUUUGCUUUCAUCUCUUCUGAUAAAUCUGUGCAUAAAACAAAUUUUGAAUUUACAUAAGAGGAUAUGAACAUCUUUAAUAUUAUUCAGUGGGGGUUAGCUGUAACACUGCUUUAUGACUAGGGCUGCAACAAACCACUAUUUUCAUAAUCAAUUAGUCCAUUAUGGCAUCCAUUUAUCAAUUAGUUGGGAAACAAAAACCAGCAAAGUUUAGUCUGAAUUAGUCUGAUUAUUCUUUCUUUACAAAAAAACAACCAAAAAACACCAUAUCUUCUUAUUCAUAUUUUCUAAAAGCAGCUUUUAUCAAGGGCACAGCAACAGAUUGUCAGCAUUGCUCCUGGAAACUCUGUUUGUUCUGUAUUUCUUCUCUGAUGAUAAAGCCAAAAUAAAAUAAAUAGCUUCUGUGUGGUCAAUAAUAUCACAGACAGUCACACACAGUCCAGCCAUUAGCCUUGUCAGGUACAGAGAACUGAAGCAGCUCAUCACACA